AUGAGAAAUCACACAGAAAUAACAUUCAUCUUACUGGGGCUGACAGAUGACCCACAGCUACAAGUUCUGGUUUUUGUUUUUCUAUUUUUCACAUACAUUUUGAGUGUAACUGGAAAUUUGACCAUAAUUAUCCUGACGCUGGUAGAUUUACACCUUAAAACACCUAUGUACUUUUUCCUGAGAAAUUUUUCUUUGUUAGAAAUUUUAUUUACCUCUGUCUGUAUUCCUAGAUUCCUAUAUGGUUUAUCAACUAGGGACAAUACCAUCACGUACAAUGCUUGUAUAUGUCAAAUGUUCUUGUUUAUUUUCUUUGGGGCAGUAGAAUUUUUUCUCCUAGCAGCAAUGUCCUAUGAUCGUUACGUAGCCAUUUGUAAACCACUUCACUACAUGACCAUCAUGAACAAUAGAGUGUGUACUUUAUUAGUCCUCUCUUGUUGGGGAAGUGUCUUGGUGAUUAUGGUCCCACCCGCUGGCUUGAUCUUCAAGCUUGAAUGCUGUGUUUCCAAUGCCAUUGAUCAUUUUACCUGUGAUGCAAGUCCCUUCCUAAAAAUCAUAAGCUCAGACACAUGGGUAAUAGAACAGAUGGUCAUAAUUGGAGCAGUAUUUGUACUGCUUAUAACCCUAGUGUGUGUGGUACUAUCCUACACAUACAUCAUCAGGACAGUUCUGAGAUUACAAUCUGCACAGCAAAGGAAAAAGGCCUUUUCCACUUGCUCAUCUCACAUCAUUGUGGUUUCCAUUGCCUAUGGUUGUUGCAUCUUCAUCUACAUUAAGCCAUCAGCAAAGGAACAGCUGGCCAUAAAUAAAGGAGUUGCACUUCUGGAUACUGCUGUUGCACCCUUGUUAAAUCCCUUCAUUUACACCUUGCGGAACAAACAAGUGAAACAAGCUUUGAAUGGCAUUAUGAAAAGGAUUGCAUUUCUCCCAAAGAAGUCUUGA